AUGGAAGCCAAAGCACCAUCAUCAACCCUACUAGCUCUCUCCUUCCUCCUCCUCUUCAUCUCCUUCCUCUCCCAUUCUCAAGCUUCCCACGGCAACCACAUUCGAAAACCCCGUCCCAAGCCAUGCAAGGAAAUGGUGUUCUACUUCCACGACAUCAUCUACAACGGCAGGAACAUGAAGAACGCCACGUCAGCGAUCGUCGGAGCACCGGCCUGGGGCAACAUGACAAUACUGUCGGGGAUGAACCACUUCGGCGACGUGGUCGUUUUCGACGACCCGAUCACGUUGGACAACAACUUGCACUCGCCGGCGGUGGGGCGAGCCCAGGGGAUCUACUUGUACGACAAGAAGGAGAUAUUCACGUCGUGGCUGGCGUUCUCGUUCGUGUUCAACUCGACGGAGCACGUGGGGACGCUGACGUUCGCCGGAGCCGACCCGCUGAUGAACAAGACGAGGGACGUGUCGGUGGUGGGAGGCACGGGGGAUUUCUUCAUGGCCAGAGGGGUUGCUACGCUGAUGACGGAUGCUUUUGAAGGGGAGGUUUAUUUUAGGCUAAGGGUUGAUAUUAAGCUUUACGAGUGCUGGUAA